UGGGGAGCAGAUCUGCGUACGGCCUCGAAAGGCCUUUUCCUGUGCGGGGAGGAGGGAGGGCCGCCAAUAAGGGCUGGGCCUGUCACGUGGGCCUGUCAGCUGUGGGGGGGUUGGGUGGCCUGCUACAAUGUGGUCCCUCGGCAGCCAGCUCCAGGAGCUGCAGCGCUGAGACCCCGGCCCGCCCCCUCCAGCAGCCGCCCGCUGGGGCCCACCAUGUUUUCCAGGAAGAAGCGGGAGCUCAUGAAAACCCCUUCCAUCUCAAAGAAGAACCGGGCGGGAAGCCCCAGCCCGCAGUCCUUGGGGGAGCUGCCCAGGAAAGAUGGCGCUGACACGGCCUCCCUUGGACCUGGCCUGGAGUCACCAGCUGCCGCCUUGAACGUCAAGGCCACCGGCACACUCAAGCGGCCCACCAGCCUGAGCCGCCACGCCAGUGCUGCUGGGUUCCCCCUGUCGGGAGCCGGCUCCUGGACGCUCGGCCGGGGCCACCGCAGCCCACUAACAGCGGCCAGCCCUGCUGAGCUGAGCGCCGAGGGACCCUGCCCCGACGCCAUCGAUGACAUUGCCCACCUGCUGGCUGAUGUGGCCCGCUUCGCUGAGGGCCUGGAGAAGCUCAAAGAGUGUGUGCUUCGUGAAGACCUCCUGGAGGCCCGCCGGCCGCUAGCGCAUGAGUGCUUGGGCGAGGCCCUCCGUGUGAUGCGCCAAGUCAUCUUCAAACACCCGCUGUUAAACACCGUGGAGACGCUCACGGCUGCUGGCAACCUUAUCAACAAGGUCAAAGGCUUCCAUUAUGAGAGCAACAAUGAGGCAGACAAGCGGGAGUUUGAGAAGGCCCUGGAGACCAUUGCUGUCUCCUUCAGCAGCACCGUGUCCGAGUUCCUCAUGGGUGAAGUGGACGUUAGCACCCUCCUCUCGGUGCCUCCCGGAGACCCGAGCCAGGCCAUGGAGCACCUGUACGGACAGGGUGGUGAGGGCACCCCCCCCAGCACCGAGGACUGUGACGGAGGCUGCCCUCCCCCCGAGGAGGUGGACAUGCUGCUGCAGCGCUGUGAGGGUGGCGUGGACGAGGCACUGCAGUACACCAAAAACAUGGCCAAGUACAUGAAGGACAUCAUCGCCUACCUGGAGAAGCGCACUGUGCUGGAACUGGAGUUCGCCAAAGGCCUGCAGAAGCUCGUCCACAACUGCAGACAGAGCGUCACACAGCCCCACAUGCCCCUGCUGUCCAUCUACUCGCUGGCGCUCGAACAGGACCUGGACAUGGUGCAGGCAGCUGGCGGGCUGCAGACCCAGAGUUUCCUGCAGCCCCUGACCCAGCGGCGGCUGGAGCAUGAGAAGCGCAGGAAGGAGAUCAAGGAGUCGUGGCACCGCGCCCAGAGGAAGCUGCAAGACGCCGAGGCCAACCUGCGCAAAGCGAAGCAGGGUUACAUGCAGCGUUCUGAUGACCACACCAAGGCACGCCUGCUGGUGGCCAAGGCGGAGGAUGAGCAGGCAGGUGGCGGGCCCGGGGCCGGUGGUGCCGCCUCCAAGAGCCUGGACAAGCGGCGGCGGCUGGAGGAGGAGGCCAAGAACAAGGCGGAGGAGGCCAUGGCUACGUACCGCACGUGCGUGGCGGACGCCAAGACGCAGAAGCAAGAGCUGGAGGACACCAAGGUGACGGCGCUGCGGCAGCUGCAGGAUGUUGUGCGGCAGAGCGACCAGACCAUCAAAGCGGCUACCAUCUCCUACUACGAGCUGAUGCACAAGCAGACGGCGCCGCUACCCGUCAACUUCCAGAUGCUGUGUGAGAGCAGCAAGCUGUACGACCCCGGGCAGCAGUACGCCUCCCAUGUGCGCCAGCUGCAGCGCGGGGAGGAGCCGGACGUGCACUACGACUUCGAGCCCCACGUCUCGGCCGGCGCCUGGUCCCCGGUAAUGCGCGCUCGCAAGGGCAGCUUCAAUGUCAGCGAUGUGGCGGGGGUGGAAGCCGGCAGCCCCUCCGAGGCAGGAGGAUCCGAAGAGGGGGCGGUGACCAAGGAGCGGAGGGGUGGGCGCGGACACCAGGUGCACAAGUCCUGGCCCAGCUCCGUCUCAGAAUCCGACAGCAGCCUGGAUCCGGGGCACGGCUCAGGGGACUUGAAGAAGUUCGAGCGGACCUUGUCCAGCGGCACCAUGUCGUCCAGCGAGGAGGUGGACCAGGAGGGUGGCCCGGAGGCAUCGGCCUUCGAGCAGGGCGACCUCAACGGCGCGGCCCCCGCGCUGCCCGUGGCCGUGCCCAGCGGGCCCUUCCGCAACGUGGGGCUGUCCAAGGCGGCGCGGACCCACCACCUGCGCAAGCUGCGCACGCCUGCCAAGUGUCGCGAGUGCAACAGCUACGUGUACUUCCAGGGCGCCGAGUGCGAGGAGUGCUGCCUGGCCUGUCACAAGAAGUGCCUGGAGACGCUGGCCAUCCAGUGUGGCCACAAGAAGCUGCAGGGCCGGCUGCAGCUCUUCGGCCAGGACUUCGGCAGGGCGGCCGGCAGCACCGCAGACGGCGUGCCCUUCAUCAUCAAGAAGUGCGUGGGCGAGAUUGAGCGACGGGCGCUGCACACCAAGGGCAUCUAUCGGGUCAACGGGGUGAAGACGCGCGUGGAGAAGCUGUGCCAGGCCUUCGAGAACGGCCAGGAGCUGGUGGAGCUGUCGCAGGCCUCACCCCACGACAUCAGCAAUGUGCUCAAGCUCUACCUGCGCCAGCUGCCGGAGCCGCUCCUGUCCUUCCGCCUGUACCACGAGCUCGUGGGGCUGGCCAAGGACAGCCUGAAGGCGGAGGCUGAGGCCAAGGCGGCGUCGCGGGGCCGGCCGGACAGCGGUGAGAGCGAGGCAGUACCCGUGGCUACGGUUACGGCUAUGGCGGUCCGGCUGCGGGAGCUGCUGCGGGACCUGCCUCCCGAGAACCGGGCCACGCUGCAGUACCUGCUGCGGCACCUGCGCAGGAUCGUGCAGGUAGAGCAGGACAACAAAAUGACACCCGGGAACCUGGGCAUUGUGUUUGGGCCCACCCUGCUGCGGCCGCGACCCACCGAGGCCACUGUGUCCCUGUCGUCCCUGGUGGACUACCCCCAUCAAGCGCGCGUCGUGGAGACCCUCAUUGCGCACUAUACCCUGGUCUUUGAGGAUGAGCCCGAGGAGGUGCCUGGGGCCCAGGAAGGGGCCGAGGUGGUGGUGCAGGUGCCAUUCCAGGAGGUGGGCAAGGUGGCAGCUGAGCCCACGCAGGAGGAGGCCGAGGAUGGGCCCCGAGGAUCUCACCUACCGUCCAACGACUCAGACUCAGAGCUGGAGGAAGCCUCGGACCUGCUGUUGUCGGUGCAGGCGACCUACCUGGAGGAGGAGGCGGCGCGUGGCGGCGGCAAGGAGCCGCUGGAGGCUCCUGAUGACGGAGCGGAGGAGCUGGCCCAGCAGCUCUUGGUGUACAACACCAACCAGUCCAACAACGCAGCCGGCGCCCAGCUGCCCAGCAUGAGGUUCCGCGCUGGCUGUAUCAUGGGGGGCAUCCGCCAGGAGAGGUGGCCCGAGCCUGUCUGAACCGUUGGGUGGUGGGCAGGGAUCGGCGUCGCUGGCUGCCUAGGCGCAGCUGAGGAAGGAGUCCUGCUCAUGACUCCCCGCCGAGGCGGGCUCUGUGCCAUCAAGAGUGGAUGCCACGUUUCAGCCUCACUGUGUGGAAGGCAGUUCCAGACGCCCAGCUGGAGGCUGUGCACUUGUGGCUGGACGCUGCCUUCAGGACUUUUCCAGAAAACCUGCUUUGGGCACCUACGGUUAGGGAUACGAUGGCAUCUCCCACAGGUCCCGAGGUCUUCUCUGACCUGCAUGUCUACUUUGCUUAAAUAAAAUUUUAGGCUGAGUCUGUCUUCUCUGGCCACGCAGUCUGGGGACAGAGUGCCCUUCACCCUUGUCCUUGUCCUUCUCACUGGGGGGUGAGGGACAGAACUGACCCCGCAGAGGGGCCCACCACCGGUGGUCUUCAAGGUGGUCUAUGCAAACUCUCUGACGUAAAAGAGCCCCUUCACAUGGACUUCUUGCUCAGCG